CAUGAACGAUUAUUUGAGCACGUAUAAACUUGUGAUUUUGAAAAUUAACGACUGCAUCUUAAAAUGUCUUAGUGCAUUAGCGAACAGCAUAACUCGUCGUCUCCCAUGUUUGGCAGGCUUUGGUCGUGUGUCAUGAUUCAUGAUUUGGCUAAGAUUUAUCUCUGUAAAUGGAAUGAUGUAGCUCCUCCCCCGUCUUGCUUUGCGAAAGGCCGGCUGUAUUUACAACGGUUUUAUACAUCUCCGUGUAUCACCGUCGCCUGCCUUGAAAUACGACUGUGUCUGGGAUAAACACCCGCGUCCACGUAUCUUCCUUGGGAAAAGCCUCGAAGUUGAUUCAAGGUUACUGUAAAUAAAUGACCUGCCUUCGAAAUGUGAUUUAUUGUGCUUGCGACCUUCCCCUCCCUGUCAAAAGUAUUGAAGCGGACUGCGACACAAAAGAGGAACACAGAUGCGUAGAGAGGAGCCCCAAGAUGUGAAGAGUGGCAUGUGAGCCCCCUGGGUGUCCUCCCCUUGAGAGUGGUGGGUAGUCAUGUGGCGUGGUCAGGUCAUGAUGCUGGCUGUCCUGUCCUGGGGCCUCUUUGUGGGAAGCUGCCUCAUGGCGGGCGUCCUUUGCAAUCCCAUGAUGCCCGUGCUGGUGAGCCGCAAGCAGCUGGAGCAAGCCACGGCACCAGGCACAGAGCGCCAGCCUGGCUCUAAGGGUGGGCUAGGCCGCACCAUCCAGCACCGCCUGGAGGAGGUCGGCCCCGACAACAAGAAAGGAGCAAACUGGACCGCCCCUCAGCAGGGCCAGAAGGCCCAGGAUGUUGUGGGCAGGGAGCAGGAUACACAAGAGUCAUGGGGCGAGGCCUCCUGGGAGCAGAGGGACAACAGCCCCACCAGUGACUCACAGAUCUCCCAGGACAGCCUGGAUGAGUAUGCCUACUCAGACUACCGCGGGAAGGGGUGCGUGGAUGAGAGUGGCUUUGUUUUCGCCAUUGGGGAGAAGUUUAUGCCAGGGCCUUCCACGUGCCCCUGCCUGUGCACAGAGGAAGGGCCCCUGUGCACCAAGCCCGAAUGUCCCAAAGUUCAUCCUCGCUGCAUCCGCGUGGACACCAGUCAGUGCUGCCCGCAGUGCAAAGAGAAGAAAAACUACUGUGAAUUCCGCGGCAAGGUCUACACUGUGUUGGAAGAGUUCAAGGUGUCUGCCUGUGAGAAGUGCCGCUGUGAACCAAACGGAGAGGUGCUGUGCACAGUGGCGGCCUGUGCCCAGACUGAGUGCGUGGACCCGGAGUACGAGCCCGAUCAAUGCUGCCCCAUCUGCAAGAGUGGGCCAAACUGCUUUGCAGACAACUCUGUGAUACCAGCUGGUCGGGAGGUGAAGGUGGACGACUGUACGAUUUGCUACUGCACGUAUGAGGAGGGCACAUGGCGCAUCGAACGUCAGGCCACCUGCAGCAAGAACGAAUGCCAACGGAGCUAGGCUCAGGGUCAGAGGGGGUCAGCAGCUAGGCCAGCAUGUCACAGUCUUCACCCAGCAAAUCAGAUGGGAGCCAGCCAAGUGACACAACAUAGUGAUUCAUGUAAUAGUAAUCACAUGUAUUACAAUCUAAAAUUUGUAUGAAUUUUUGUAAUCCAUAUUUAUCUAUUUACUGAUUUAUGUAUGGACAAUCAGGAAGUCUGAUGUAGAACCAAAAGCUAUUUUUCUUAGGAAUCAUAGUUUAAUAUACUGUGACAUACA